CUCCCCUUCCCCUCCUCCUCCUCCUCCUCCCGCCGGCGCCGGAGCCGCCACGCCGCCGCCAUGGAGCUCAUCACCAUCCUAGAGAAGACGGUCUCGCCGGACUGCUCGGAGCUCGAGGCGGCGCAGAAGUUCCUGGAGCAGGCGGCCAUCGAGAACCUGCCCACCUUCCUGGUGGAACUGUCCAAAGUGCUGGCCAACCCCGGGAACAGCCAGGUGGCACGCGUGGCCGCGGGGCUGCAGAUCAAGAACUCGCUGACCUCCAAGGACCCCGACAUCAAGGCGCAGUACCAGCAGAGAUGGCUCGCCAUCGACGCCAACGCCCGCAGGGAGGUCAAGAACUUCGUGCUGCAGACGCUGGGCACCGAGACGUACCGGCCCAGCUCGGCGUCGCAGUGCGUGGCCGGCAUCGCCUGCGCCGAGAUCCCCAUGAACCAGUGGCCCGAGCUGAUCCCGCAGCUGGUGGCCAACGUCACCAACCAGCACAGCACCGAGCACAUGAAGGAGUCCACGCUCGAGGCCAUCGGCUACAUCUGCCAGGACAUUGAUCCAGAGCAGCUCCAGGACAAAUCCAAUGAAAUCCUGACUGCCAUAAUCCAGGGAAUGAGAAAGGAGGAGCCCAGCAACAAUGUGAAGCUUGCAGCUACCAACGCACUCCUGAACUCUUUGGAAUUCACCAAAGCAAACUUUGACAAAGAGUCUGAAAGGCACUUUAUUAUGCAAGUAGUCUGUGAAGCCACACAGUGUCCAGACACAAGGGUACGAGUGGCUGCCUUACAGAACCUGGUGAAGAUAAUGUCCCUUUAUUAUCAAUAUAUGGAGACCUACAUGGGGCCUGCCCUCUUUGCUAUCACGAUCGAGGCCAUGAAAAGCGACAUAGACGAGGUGGCUCUGCAGGGCAUCGAGUUCUGGUCCAACGUGUGCGACGAGGAGAUGGACCUGGCCAUCGAGGCCUCCGAGGCAGCAGAACAAGGACGGCCCCCAGAGCACACCAGCAAGUUCUAUGCCAAGGGGGCACUGCAAUAUUUGGUCCCUAUUCUAACCCAGACCUUAACAAAACAGGACGAGAACGACGACGACGACGACUGGAACCCCUGCAAGGCGGCAGGGGUGUGCCUGAUGCUGCUGGCCACGUGCUGCGAGGACGACAUCGUCCCCCACGUGCUGCCCUUCAUCAAGGAGCACAUCAAGAACCCCGACUGGCGGUACCGCGACGCCGCCGUCAUGGCCUUCGGCUGCAUCCUGGAGGGGCCCGAGCCCAACCAGCUCAAACCUCUCGUCAUUCAGGCCAUGCCGACGCUGAUCGAGCUGAUGAAGGAUCCCAGCGUGGUGGUCAGGGACACGACGGCCUGGACCGUGGGCAGGAUCUGCGAGAUGCUGCCCGAGGCCGCCAUCAACGACAUCUACCUGGCGCCGCUGCUGCAGUGCCUGAUGGAGGGGCUGAGCGCCGAGCCCAGGGUGGCCACCAACGUCUGCUGGGCCUUCUCCAGCCUUGCUGAAGCUGCCUAUGAAGCUGCAGAUGUGGCUGAUGAUCAGGAAGAACCAGCAACCUACUGCCUGUCCUCCUCCUUUGAGCUGAUUGUGCAGAAACUGCUGGAGACUGCAGACAGACCUGAUGGACACCAGAAUAACUUGAGGAGUUCUGCCUAUGAAUCCCUGAUGGAAAUAGUGAAAAACAGUGCCAAGGACUGUUAUCCUGCUGUCCAAAAAACCACCCUGGUCAUCAUGGAGAGGCUCCAGCAAGUGCUGCAGAUGGAGUCUCACAUCCAGAGCACCUCUGACAGAAUCCAGUUCAACGACCUCCAGUCCCUCCUCUGUGCUACUCUACAGAACGUGCUGCGGAAGGUGCAGCAUCAGGACGCGCUGCAGAUCUCAGACGUGGUGAUGGCGUCGCUGCUCAGAAUGUUCCAGAGCACGGCCGGCUCCGGGGGCGUGCAGGAGGACGCCCUGAUGGCCGUCAGCACCCUGGUGGAAGUCCUGGGUGGAGAAUUCCUGAAGUACAUGGAUGCCUUCAAACCUUUCCUUGGGAUUGGGCUGAAAAACUACGCUGAGUACCAGGUCUGCCUGUCAGCAGUGGGGCUGGUGGGGGACCUGUGCCGAGCCCUGCAGUCCAACAUCCUCCCCUUCUGCGACGAGGUGAUGCAGCUGCUCCUGGAGAACCUGGGGAACGAGAACGUGCACAGGUCGGUGAAGCCGCAGAUCCUCUCGGUGUUCGGGGACAUCGCCCUGGCCAUCGGGGGCGAGUUCAAGAAGUACCUGGACGUGGUGCUCAACACCCUCCAGCAGGCAUCCCAGGCCCAGGUGGACAAGUCCGACUACGACAUGGUGGAUUACCUGAACGAGCUGCGGGAGGGCUGCCUGGAGGCCUACACGGGCAUCAUCCAGGGCCUCAAGGGAGACCAGGAGAACGUGCACCCUGACGUGAUGCUGGUGCAGCCCAGGGUGGAGUUCAUCCUGUCCUACAUCGACCACAUCGCGGGGGACGAGGAUCACACGGACGGGGUGGUGGCCUGCGCCGCCGGGCUCAUCGGGGAUUUGUGUACAGCUUUUGGGAAGGAUGUGCUGAAAUUAGUAGAAGCCAGACCCAUGAUCCACGAACUGCUAACGGAAGGGAGGAGAUCCAAGACGAACAAAACGAAAACCCUCGCCACCUGGGCCACGAAAGAGCUGAGGAAACUCAAGAACCAAGCUUGAUCUGUUACCAUUGGGACAACACCUGAGGACCCCCACUGGAUAAAAAACCAACAACAACACCAAGAAAACAAAGGAAAAAUCUCCAAUCUCCACGAAACCCCCCCAAAGCCCCGGGAGUGAGGACGUGUGCGGAGUGUCUGGGAAUGAGAGGAUGCUGAGGAUGAGUGAGUGAGGCUCGGAACAAAAAUCCCAACCUUUGGUGACCCCCGGCAUCCAGGAGGGAAUUCUGUGCCCCAAAAGUUCCAAAAUAAAAAGGGGGAAAAAGCAAAAUUCCCACCAGCCCAAGAGCGGCUGAGGUCGGAGGAGAAAAUGAGGGAAAAACGGGGGAAAUUGGGAUUGAAGUGGUGCUGAGAGGUUCUGGCUGGGAGAGAGAGAGCGAGAGAGAGGUGGGAAACUGGGAAUUGCCCAGGAUUUGGGAUUCCCCAGGGUUUGGGAUUUCCAACAUUUGGGAUUCCCAGGGUUUGGGAUUCCCAGGGUUUGGGAUUUCCCAGGGUUUGGGAUUUCCCAGGAUUUGGGAUUUCCCGGGAUUUGGGAUUUCCAACAUUUGGGAUUUCCCAGGGUUUGGGAUUUCCAGGAUUUGGGAAUCUCUGGGAUGAGGCAAAUCCCAAAGGAGAGAGAAGGAGUUUCAGGAGGAGUGAGUGUGUGUGAGUGGGGUCAUAUCCACAUUCUCAACUUCCCAAAAAAAAAAAAAAAAAAAAAAAAAUUCAUUGCAGUUUCUCUUUUUUUUUUUUUUUUCCCCAAAACCACAAAAAAAAUUCCGGGGAAAAAAAAAAACAAAAACAAAAGACAGAAAAAAAAAAGGACAAAAAAAAUCUAAACUCUACAGAAUUUAAGGGUUCAGCUGUUGCAUUUCAUAACUGAGGUUCAGGCAGUAAGAGAUGGGGAAGACAAAGUAGAAAAGAGGGGAAAAAAAAGGACAAAAAACAAACAAAAAAAAAAGAAAUUUAAGGAAAGUCGCUUUUUUUAGGGAUUUUAUUUUUAGGGAAUGCUGAAUGUUUGGAGCUCUUGGCUUGUCCUGCUCAGCAACAAAAGCGCCUUUCCUUCCUGAAAGAUUCAACUGUGAAUGUAGAAAUGGGGGAAAAACACAAUUCUGGGCUUGCAGGGAAUAGAAAAAUCCAUUUGUUCAGCGAGUUCAGGCUUCAAAAAGUCCAAAAAAAGAAAGUCAGGAAAAAAAAUUAAACCCCAGAUUUUUUUAUGAAAAAGUGCUGCAAAUUGGGCAAAGAGAUCUCCUGACUCGGACUGUAGCAGAAUCAAAAUUGUGCCAAAGAGUUCAAAAAGAGGUGAAAAAAGAAAAUGAAUUCAAUAAAAAGAUGCACAAAACGAAGGAGAAAUUGAAAAAAUUCAGGUGAUGUUUGGAGAGGGAAUUGGAAAAAGAGCCACGAAAAGUGGGAUUCCCAGCAGUUUAUUUGGAAUGAUUUGGGGUUUCUUUUGCUUUUCCGGGGCUCCAUUCGGAUCAGGCUCGAUGUGGUUUUUGGUCUCUUGCUGCACUUGGAAAAACACAAGGAAAAAAUAAAAAACAUGAAAAAAAAAAGGAAAAAAAAAGAAAUUUAUAUAAAAGAUAUAAAUAUAUAACUUGAGUUGAGCUGACAACGCCGGCGCUUGUAAAAGGUUUCUAUUUUUCCACUGCAGUUGAAGAUGAAUAAAAUGGUGUCAAACAUUC